AUGAGCUUGCCCUGGAUUCUUACUGAUCACAUCCUCGAGACCCAUGACCCGGCCUUUAUGGAAUUUCUUCUCUACCCUCUGGACCUCUACAAUGAUGCUGCAGACUGUGCCCUGAAUCGGUUUCAUCGUCGUUUCCUGUUUGACGAAAUUGAGGCCGAGGCAAAUUUGGUAUUUGACCAACUGGUCUACAAGCUAAGCGAUCAGGUCUUCCGCUACUACAAACAGUAUGCUGCCUGCAUCCUGCUAGACAAGCGUUUUCGUGCGGAAGCGCAGCGCAUUGGCUGGCCCAUUCUGAAAUCCCUGGAGGAGGCCAUUAACCGCUUCUCAUGCAACGACCUCUCCGCCGUUGUUGAAUUGGAGGCGCUAAUUGAAUGCAACCGUCUUUGUCACCGAAUGCUCUCCGAAUACCUGAUCUUGGAUGACUUUGAUGACAUGCUUCAAGAGGCCAACAAUCUCGUGAACUCGCCCCUCAGCAAAAUAGCCUUGCAUGUAUUUUGGGAAGUAACUUGCGACCUGGUGAAAAACUACUGCUACAACGAUUCAACUAAGAGUGGACACUGCAUUCAUGCCAGGAGUGGCAUUCAAUUCCUAGAAGAGGUGAUUACGUUGCAGUGGUUUCGAGCUAAAUUGACAGCCAUGCUGAUAAUGUCCAGCACCGUGUGCACCAUUUUAUCCCUCUGCCCUCGUAUUUAA